AUGCCAAGAACCUCGUCCACAGCAAGUAAACCUGCUAAUAUUUCUAUCACGGGUUUGGUAAUCAAAUCAGCACCACCUGUUCUGCCAGUGAUAAGUCAAAGUGGCAAUUAUUCUAUCAAGGAUCGACUCCAAACCAUUUUUGGAAAUUUUGUUGGCGUCAAUUCGUCUAAUCCCAAUGGAACUAAGGAAAUAACCUCCACGCAACAAUCGACAACUCUGAAUAUCUCGACAUCAAGAAUUUCAACUAUUUUGACCACGUCAUCAUCUUCUGCAAAACCGAACAUUACGACAACUUCCACCAUCUACAGUCCAACUUCUUCCAAGAACAUCUUGAACUUAACAGCUGCUGCUUCAACCUCUAAGCCUUCUGCCAAGCCAAAUCAACCUGUAAAAGUCACAACAAACAAUUUAUCCCUUACCAGUAUGGCUAAGGUAUUUCGUUCGCAGCUGCCAGCAUCCGAGGAGCCAGUUGAUGUUCGUCGAAUGCCGGAGAAAAUGCUUAACCCAAGCGUCAAAAGAGAAGCUAACCGUGCAGAGAGCAGUGGUCAAGAGGAAGUUGUCUACGAUCUGACGGAAGAGAAAUCCAACUUCAAGCUGGAAAGACCUGAUACAGCAGCCAGGGAGGUAAAUGCUGUUCAAGAGCCUAUAAAACCAGAACUAAAUCCUGUUCGAUCUAUUGUUGUUGAUCCGAUCAAGCCUGUAAACAUGUAG